GUUGGGCGUUGGGCUUGGUUGGAAAGCUUAGUUUGUUACCAUCACCCCCGCCAGCUUGUCUUUGGCUGGGUCGGGUGCAACUUCCAUUUUAGGUGUUGGAUCUGAAAGAGGAGGCGAGGGGAAAAAAAGCCAGAAAGGAAGAAGCGGCAGCAGAUCCCAGAGGAGAAAGAGGUGGAGGGGGAAAAAAAAUCACUACAUUGGCCGCUUUGCUUAUUUUUUUUUAUUUUUUUUUAAAACCAACACAUUUUGGCAGGCUUUUGCCAAAUGUUUUGCCUCUUGCAUUUCCUUUAGAAAUUUGUUGGAAAAGUGCACAUUAGAGUUUUGGGUGUGUGUUUGCAAAGAGACCAUAAAAAGGAUCUCACGGAGGGAAAUUUUGUUGGAGACUGACAUUGUCACCCUGAGAGAUUAGAAGGGAAGUUAUAGGGCAGAGGAACGGCCACACUGACAACUUUUUUAUUUAUUUUUGCUUUUAUUUCUUCCCCCGGUACUUUAAAAAACCCACAAGGAGGAGAAACAAACUUAUAGAUCUCGCGAGUGCAGCUCCUGAGAAGGGAGAAAGCCAGGCUCUCUUCCCUCCUGCUUCCUCACUGGUGGUGGCUGGGCUGCUUCUCCCAUGAUUUUUUACAUCUAGACCUGGCUGUGCUGUGCCUUAGCCAAUCAAACCCGACCUUCCUUCCUUACAGUGAGGGGCUCCUUCCCCUCUUUCUCCCUCCUCACCCGUCUGACCCUGGUGUUCUCACACGCCCCGUGCCCUACACCCUCCCUCCCCCUCCCCCCGUGUGGGGCCCUCAUCACCAUGGACGACUCAGAAGUGGAGUCAACUGCCAGCAUCCUGGCCUCCGUCAAGGAGCAGGAGGCGCAGUUUGAGAAGCUGACCCGGGCGCUGGAGGAGGAGCGGCGCCACGUCUCGGCGCAGCUGGAGCGCGUCCGGGUCUCCCCACAGGACGCCAGCCAGACGAUGGCCAACGGCACCCUCACCCGCCGGCAUCAGAACGGCCGUUUCCUGGGCGAUGCUGACCCGGAGAGGCAGAAAUUUCCAGAUCUGAAACUCAACGGACCACCGGACCGCAGCCAUCUCCUCUACAGCACGAUCCCCAGGAUGCAGGACCCUGGCCAGAUUGUGGAGGAGACGUAUACCAUGGAGGAGGACCCAGAGGGCGCCAUGUCUGUUGUCUCAGUGGAGACAUCUGAUGAUGGGACCACCCGGCGCACAGAGACCACGGUGAAGAAGGUGGUGAAGACUGUGACCACGCGGACAGUACAGCAGGUCCCCGUUGGGCCGGAUGGGUUGCCUGUGGAGGGUUCUCCUGUCUCCAAUAACUACAUCCAGACAGUGGACAGGAACUUCCGUAAAAAUGGCAACGGGGGGCCUGGCAGCUACCUGGGCCAGCCUGGCACCGCCACACUCCCCCGUAACUACCACUACCCAGAUGGCUACGGUCGCCCCUAUGAGGACGGCUACCCUGGCAGCGACCACAGCUAUGGCAGCCUGUCCCGUGUGACCCGUAUCGAUGAACGUUACCGUCCCGCCAUGGAUGGCUACCGGGCCCCGAGCCGUCAGGAUAUCUACGGUCCCCAGCCACAGGUGCGGGUAGGGGGGAGCAACGUGGACCUGAACCGCUUUCACCCAGAGCCAUAUGGCCUGGAAGACGACCAGCGCAGCAUUGGCUACGAAGACAUGGACUAUGGGAUGAUGCCGGACUAUGGCACUGCCAGGCGGGCGGGGACUCCCUCAGACCCCAGGCGGCGACUCAGGAGUUAUGAGGAUAUGCUGGUGGAUGAGGUGGCCCCUGAUCAGUACUACUGGGCCCCCCUGGCCCAGCAUGAGCGUGGCAGCCUGGCGAGCCUGGACAGCCUGCGGAAGGGAGGGCCCCUGCCAGCCAACUGGCGCCAGCCAGAGCUGCCUGAGGUGAUUGCCAUGCUGAAUUUCCGUCUGGACGCGGUCAAAUCCAACGCGGCGGCUUACCUGCAGCACCUGUGCUACCGCAACGACAAGGUGAAGACGGAGGUGCGAAAGCUGAAGGGCAUUCCGGUGCUGGUAGGGCUGCUGGACCACCCCAAGAAGGAGGUACACUAUGGGGCCUGUGGGGCCCUCAAGAACAUCUCCUUUGGCCGAGACCAGGACAACAAGAUUGCCAUCAAGAACUGCGAUGGUGUCCCUGCCCUGGUGCGGCUGCUGCGCAAGGCCCGUGACAUGGACCUCACUGAGGUCAUCACAGGGACGUUGUGGAAUCUCUCUUCUCAUGACUCUAUAAAGAUGGCCAUUGUGGACCACGCGCUGCAUGCCCUCACUGACGAGGUCAUCAUCCCACGCUCCGGUUGGGAGAAAGAGCCCAACGAGGACUCCAAGCCACGCCACAUAGAGUGGGGGUCGGUGCUCACCAACACCGCUGGCUGCCUUAGAAACGUGAGCUCUGAGCGGAGCGAGGCUCGUCGGAAACUGCGUGAGUGCGACGGGUUGGUGGAUGCCUUGAUAUACAUUGUCCAGUCAGAGAUUGGCCAGAAAGACUGCAACAGUAAGCUGGUCGAGAAUUGUGUCUGCCUGCUGCGGAACCUAUCGUAUCAAGUCCACCGUGAGAUCCCGCACGCUGAGCGCUACCAGGAAAUGCCUCUUAACCCCGCCAACAACGCUGGGCCCCACGCUGCCAGCUGCUUUGGUGCCAAGAAAGGCAAAGGCAAAAAACCUCUAGAAGAGCCUGGUGCCGAUACAGUGGACUUUCCCAAAAGAACAAGCCCUGCAAAAGGGUAUGAGCUCCUCUUCCAACCAGAAGUAGUCCGGAUAUAUAUCUCGCUGCUGAAGGAGAGCAAGACCCCUGCCAUCCUAGAGGCCUCAGCAGGAGCCAUCCAGAACCUGUGUGCUGGUCGCUGGACGGUGAGUCACUUCCAAGGAGAGACAGACUGGGAACUUGAUCUUAAAAAUGAGGAGAGAAUGAAGCCUUGGAGCUGGGUGGGGCUAGGGCACAUCAGAAAGGAGGGAUCAUCCAUCUAGUACUGGCAUAGGGGG